CGUGCCGUUAGAUCUGCUGACGUUCACCGUUUGGGAUUCUUCUGUGGAGAGAAGAGCCCGUAACACACACUCUCUCUCUCUCUCUCUAAGAAACCGGAGAGGCUGGGGAAGGAGAGGCUGAGAAAGAAAGGAGUGGGUCUCUAUCAGUGGCGGGUGGCGGGUGGCGGUGGAGGUUGCCACUACGCAGGAACUUCUCUCUCUAUAUCUUGCCUUUGCUCAUUUUCCACCUCCCUUCUUUCCCGCCCAAAAACUUUUCCUGCAAUUCAGCUUUCUCUCUCUCUCUCUAUCAUCAUCAUCAUCAUCAUCAACUCCUCAGAUAAGUAGAGGGAGACAAUGAGAUAAGUGAGAGAUAAUGGAUAAUUAGGGUUAGUUCGUGCUAUACUCUUCCUUUCACGACAUAUAUUCCGUCUUAUUUAAACGUACCUGUUCUCCAUCCUCCCAUUCCUCAGCCCUCAGCCCUCAGCCCUCAGCCCUUCCCUCUUUAGGUUUCGUUUUUCUUUUUGGUUUCUUUCUUUCUCUUUCUUCUCUCUCAUCUUCCUCUAAAACCUCGGGAUCUGAUCCCUCUACUUCCAGUCACAGUUAUCGACGACAACUACCUCAGACAGACACUGAGAAGACAGAAGACAGGCACAGUUGUUAUCCUAUUUUUGUUUUCAAAGUACAAACUGUCUUUUUGGAGUGCAGGGUUCAACUCCCGAGGAUUUAGCUCUUCUUCUUCUUCUCCUUCUCCUCCCUCUUCUUCUUCUUCUUCUUCUUUUUAGCUUUUCCUUUUCUUUUGUUGCAUCUUUUCUGUCUGGUUUCCCACCACUUUCUGUCUGGUUUACCACCGCACCACUCUUGCUGUAAAGUAUAAAGUUGGUAGGUAGUUGGAGCAUUUUCGUGAGGACUUCAUGGUUUCUAUAGAAUCUCCAUCCAUUCUCUGAUUGGAGGAACCUGAGCAAGUCGACCCAGAUCCAAGAAAGACCUUAAUUCAUCAGCACAACAUCCAAUUCAAGACCAAGGCUUGCAUAGAGGAUCAAAGGCGCCUUCUUUUCCUUCUUGGAUCUACUUCAAAUGAUGGACAUUUGAUCUGAUUGUUUCUCUUUUCUUCAUGAAUGAAGACUGAGAUACUGUGAUACAGAAAGAAUCAUCUAAGAAAUUACAUUUAAGGUCUCCCAACAUUGCAUCAUUUGUCAACUUGUUCCAGACAUGACAUGGUUCAGAAACAUGGGUUCUGCACUAGCGACCAAUCUAGAUAUGGUUUGAUUCAGUGGGAGAAUAUGAAUACUUUUUCACAUGUUCCCCCAGGUUUCCGAUUCCAUCCAACAGAUGAAGAGCUUGUGGAUUACUAUCUUAGAAAAAAAAUUGCUUCGAGAAUGAUUGACCUAGAUGUCAUCAAAGAUAUUGAUCUCUAUAAGAUAGAGCCAUGGGAUCUUCAAGAAAAAUGUAAGAUUGGGACAGAAGAGCAAAAUGAGUGGUACUUUUUUAGCCAUAAAGAUAAGAAGUAUCCAACUGGAACUCGCACUAAUAGAGCCACAACAGCAGGUUUUUGGAAAGCAACUGGAAGAGACAAGGCUAUUUAUUCUAAGCAUAAUCUGAUUGGGAUGCGAAAGACCUUAGUAUUUUAUAAGGGUCGAGCACCCAAUGGACAAAAAUCAGAUUGGAUUAUGCAUGAGUAUCGACUGGAAACAAAUGAAAAUGGAAUAACUCAGGAAGAGGGCUGGGUGGUCUGUAGGGUGUUCAAGAAGAGAAUAACAACUGUGAGGAGAGUGAAUGAACAUGAGUCUCCAUGUUGGUACGAUGAACAAGUCUCAUUCAUGCCAGAAUUUGAUUCACCAAGGAGAAUUGCACAGCCUGAAAUGGCAUUCCACCACCCCUACUCCUGCAAGCAAGAGCUAGAGAUGCAGUAUCACAGGCCACAUGACCCUUUCCUCCAGCUCCCUCAAUUGGAAAGCCCAAAACUUCCACAUUCUGCAGCUAGUGCUAGUUGCAGUUCUGUGGCUGCAUAUGGUCUUGAUGUUAACCAUGGCAACACUUUGCAAUCUUCAUCAUUCUUGCAGGAAGAACAAAUGCAACACAACAUGAACUCAGUCUAUAAUAAUAACAACAAUGAGCAAGCAGUUGAUCAAGUGACUGAUUGGCGAGUUCUUGACAAGUUUGUUGCCUCUCAACUUAGCCAUGAAGAUGUUUCCAAAGAAACCAACUACUCCAACGGGACGACCAACAUCUUCAAUGUCUCUGACCACAUGAACAUCCUUGUGCGACAAUCCAAUAAGCAAGAAGUGGCAUCAGAUUACGCGUCUACAUCAACCUCCAGCGGCCAGAUUGAUCUGUGGAAGUGAUAUCUAUUACAGUUAUGCAACAAUAUAUACUGAUCCUAGGAAUUAUAGUUAAAAAGAAAGAAGCCAUGGUUUAGAUUCCUGUACAUAAUAAAACUAAAUGGUAAAACUUAGCUGCUGGGCUUCUCCUCCCCCAUUACUACUAAGAAGAUAGGUGGACUGUGCACCGAGUUUUGCUGGGACUGACUCGGUGAGUGUUGAAUUGUUUUGCCUUCUGUAGCAGUCUUGUAUGUAAUGGACUUUAUUGUGUUGUCCAUGUUCUCAAAACUGUAUGAGCUGUGGGAUCGGCUGGUGCUCGAUUCGUAGGUGUCUCUGUAUGUUCUACCUAAAAUAGAAUUAGAAUAAUAUUUUGCUUUUGUUUGUAGUAA